AGCUAAAAAGUCCUGAAAACAACUAAAAAGAAGAUGCUAAUUCCUCCAUAGCCAAGACACUAAGAGCUCUCAUCCAAUGGAAGAUGAUGCAAAGUUGUCCCAUCAGCCACAACAUUCCUCCUCUUCCUCCAUGACCCUUCUUUCUAGAUUGGAUCAUUUGGAUUUUGUUAUGAAGUACUUGGAGAGAAAACAGAGCUUGGAAAGGAGAUGCGUAUCGUUGGAUGUUGCACUAAAAGAUACUUACUUUAAAGGUUCAUUGUUGGAUCGUGUGGCAGCUCUUGAGCAUAGACUUUUUCAGCUAUGCUUAAAGAUGGAUUCAGGAAGCUCCACAAAUCCUUCAUCAUUCACUUCAACAGAAGCAUCUGUGGAGAUUAGUUCUUCUUCUUCUCCAAAACAGUUUUGCAGAGGGGAACCUUCUUCUUCAUAUCCCACAUUCCACUACCCAAGCCAUGGAGGAACCUCACAAAUUUCCCAAGUCCAGGAGAAGCCUCAAAGACAUCAACAGAAAAAGAAGCAACCCAGUCCUUCAAAAGGGCAACUUGGUAAGACAAGAAGUGGAUCAAAGGAUGAAGGAGGAUCUUGCAAAAAUGUGAAGAAAGGGAUUCCUCCUCCCAAAUGGCCACACUUGAGGAUGUUUGGUUGCUAAAAUUCUUGGUUCCUUUUCCUUCCUUCUCACCCUCUUUUUCCAACAAAAAUUCACCAUCAUAUGUUUCAAAAAGUAGGAUUUUAUAGCUGUUACUGAAUAUAAUUUAUGGGCAUAAAGUGAGAUGCAGAAAUUUGGGUAGUGGCAUGAUUUGUGAUCUGUUCUGAAAAUGGAAAAUAAAAUAUUAUAUAAUGUGAAAAUGUGAAUGAUGAAUGAGUGCAGGGUG